UUAUCAACUUUGCCGAUUUUCGUUACCCGUUCGAGUAGGCAUUCGCCGUUUUAUAUCCGGGAUUAUUGUACCGCGAAAAUUCGUCGGACUUCGCCUGCCGUUCAUACACGGUAGGCGAGAGAUCUCGCUGUAAAAAAUGAAUUGAUGGAAAAUAAAACAGCGAUAAAGUUCAGGGGUAAUGUCAUCUUAUUUCGAGGCUUCGAUUCGCGAUAAUCGCUGGGAUGCAUCAGACACAUGGCUUUAAAUGGGAAUGGACCGUUCGAUGCGGUUGAUUUGACAAAUUCACGCGGAGCGUGGUGUCCAACUUUAGCGUUAUUAUCUUCUGCAUAAAUUUGUGAAUUAUUAGCGUUUGAUUGAAAACCAAUAAUCCUGAUUGUUACUAAAUUAAUUUAAACUCGCGAACGUUACCGGUGAGUUUGAUAUUCCCCCGGUUGGGGAAUUAUUUCAAGUGCGGAUAGGGUAAUCAAAUACCACAAUUCGCGGCCGCUAAUCCCUUAUUUGAAUUUUGGUGAAAAAAUUUCACCAGCUGCCGCGGUAGUGAUUAACGUGCUAAUAGUAUAAAAUCAGUAAUUCUCCGCCGUUGUUUGUACAGGAGAUAAGAUUUUUGAAUAAUUCCAGUAAGAUAAUGAGUUGACUUUUUUUUUUUUUUCUUUUCUCCUCACUUCAAUUCAAGCCUCCCGCGAGCGUGCUCAUCAUUCCCAUAUUAUUCAAAAUGUCUUCGCCACGCGGAGAGCUGUUACAUGACGAGGAAAUACAAAUACAUGCAACCGGUAUCUCCCAACCGCAUCCUGUAUGCCUCCCAGCUAGUUUACACAAUUUUUUCUAUCUUUAUAUAUAUAAACCUGGGUCGUCGCCUUCAGUCAAGAUCAUCCGCCGACGAGACACUGUGCAUGAAAAAACGAGACUCGUUUUCUUCAGUUCUCAGUUCGCCGCGGUUCCUUCGAUCGAAUCAUUGAAAGCAUAUCAAUCUAACAAUAAUUCAAGCCUUCCUCUAGACCUAUCGAAUCGAGCAUAAAUAAUAUUUUUGUUCAUAGCGUGAAACGCGUAGAUUACAAAGCAGCAGGUGUAAGCAGUAUGGCUGUGUUCCGUUUACUGAUAAGAUUGGCGCACCACGGUGACCGGACAUCUCCGUGUUGACUAAUUCUAAGACUUGCUCUGUAUUGUUGUCGUCGUGACUCUUAAAGUCGGAACGUGUCAGCACGUAUGGUAGAGAAUAUAGGUAUUGAAAAAUAAGAGGAGAGAAGAGGAAGAAGAAGCGGAUAAGAAAUUGGGGACGUGGCUUCGCGUUUGAUACCGAAGUAUUUUUACCAAGGUUCGUGAAUUUCACCUCCAGUAUGCCGUUCUAACUUUUCCGUCGAAAGAAAAACGACGUUCGUAAUCGCAUAUUUUUCUAAAACAUAUGUCGUACCUUUGGUUGUAUUUAUAUGUGGUCGAAUUUAAAAAUUUGAGAUACGAGUAUUCGGUUGCCGGUUUUAUGGAUAAACUUUUACGUUCGAAGUAAAGGGAGUUUGACACACGGAGAUAUAACAUCGAGGAAUCGGAAGCGAUUAGACUACAGAUAUAAGUUAUAAUUAUGAACAGGUGAAACGUGACGCUGCCCAUUCGAUUGAAAAACGAAAUAAAUUAUCCAAAGCUUGCGAGAGACUUUGAAUAAUUAUUAUACUGCCCUGCCCGAGUUAGCAGGCAUUGUCAACUGUUAAUAGUAUCUAAUUUAAGGGUUCCGCGAUUCAUUAUAACAGACCUCCGUAAUUAUGGGAAACUCAGCUAGUACGAAACAGCUCACGCCGGAGCUGCUCGAAGAAUAUACGCAGCUCACGUAUCUGACAAAAGCAGAAAUUAUGCACAUAUUCAAACUCUUCAAAAAGGUGGGAUCGGAAGAAUUAGCGGAGAAUUUUCACCACAGAUUUCCGUCUGAUGAAAUUUGCAAGAUUUUUCCAGUGAUUCAGCACAACCCCUUUCGGGACUCAAUCAUGAAAGUUUUCUCCUCGGAAGACGACGGAUGUUUGAGUUUUGAAGAUGCUCUUGACUUGUGCUCAGCUUUAUCGGAAAAUUGUCCGGACACUGUAAGAGCUGCUUGGGCUUUUAAAAUCUUUGAUACUGACGGCGACAAUCAGCUAGGGCUCGAUGAUCUAAUUACGGUGAUAGAGCGAUUGACUGGCUACAACACGAACAACGAACCUAGAAUUGAUCGAGAAAGUUCCGAACGCAUUGCCCAGGCGGUUCUCGCGGAGAUAGAUAUGGACCAUACGGGAAGUGUUGCCCCUCAGGAAUUUGUCCAUAUCGUAUCCAGGAUGCCAGAAUUCUCACAUACGUUCAGAUUCAUGCCUUAGCUAGUUAAAAGUCUGAAAAAUAAAUACAUUGGAGACGAUAAUUUGCGACUAAAAAAAUAUUUUAGGCAUGUAUUUGAAUUCGAAUCAUUUAGAAAUUGAAAGUAUAAUAAUGGUCAGCAUUAUUAUCACAUCUGAAUAUCUUUGAUUUCUGUUUCUUGUCAUCGUAUGCUUAUAUUUUUUCAUAAUCCGUACGAAGCAGCAUAACGUCAUUUUAUAUUAUUAUGCCGACAGAUAUGCAAAGAAUCUGGGCGGCUGUUGAAUUUUUACUGCAUUUGUAUCUAUUAUUCCACAUGUGUCGGGAUCGUAUUUCCCAAACAUGUACAUACAUCAUUACGCUGAACAAAUAAAUCCCUAGAACGCAAUGUAUAUAAAUCUGUUGGCCGAGUACUCGCCAGCUACAAUGCGGCUGUAUGAAGCCGUUGAGACAAUUUAUUUCUCUGCAGCCGUGAAAAAAAAUAAAAUAAAUAAUACCUUUCGCAA